AGGAACGGGACCAACCGGAAGGAGGGGGAGCCGAUGUUUAGUCCGAUUGAACGACUAGUCUAGCUAGCCAGCAUUCCUCUUCUCCCCGACGCUCCCCUAGAAAGAAGGAGCGAGCGAUUUUAAAAACGAGUGUCACAAAUUAUAAUUCAGAUACAGGUUGGAUUUGUAUGAUCAAGACAAUUUGCCGUGGACUCGGCUAUAAACAACAACGCGACAGAAGGCCUCGAAAAUGGCCACAUAUACACCGCUGGAUCUGAAAGAACUGGCGAGGCGUGUUUGAACGCGACGGAUUCUUUUUGUUUCGGUGUGAUCAGCAAACCAAACGAGUUUUGUGAAUAACCAAGGCCCUGUAUGGAUUCUUUCUUGCUUUUUUUUUUUAAUGAGGAGUGCAAGAUGGCUGAUGACAGCUACAUUUUAAUAAGGCCAGAAUAGCGACGUCCUCUUUAAGUUAAGAUUAGAAGGGUGUUAUAUAUAUAUAUAUAUAAUUUGUUAUACACAUUAGAUAUAAUAUUGGAUGUAAAUGUUAAAUCUGUGGUAGUCGUAAAUAUUCUUGCUUAGCCUUUAUUUAUGCGUUGUGCAGCGGCAGAACAUAGUGAUGUGACGUCUCAGAUAAUUGAAGCGAUUUAAUUAAGCUUACGAAAUAAGUGGAGAGAUGUUUGUUUUUUUCGAAAUGUGAGUUGAUAAUAGUCAUGAUCCGUCUCUGAUUAAACCAAAGGAAUGAAGCCAGGACAUUUUGGGUCUGGAGACGUUUUGAUGGUCUGUGUUUCUGAUCUGAAUGCUCGCCACAGCAGCCAACAUUCCAGUGUAUUCUAAAAACCCUUUGUUUUGUGCGUAUGAACUGGAGUCGGCUAUUAAACUAUGCAGUACAUAGCCAUCUAACGAAGUAUUUGUAUGAUAUUUUUUGAUCAAGUCUUUAUAGGCCAACAUAGCCGAGAGGAAAGAGUAUUUGGUGAGAAACGUCGAGGCCUUGUGUGCAGAUAUGCGAUCGUUGCCUGUGGAGGCUUCAUAGCUGACGACAUUACACAUCAAACAAAUAGGCUGUUAUUUUGUCGCUAUCGUGAGGAUCAAAGUCCGUCGCAACGUGAUACAAUGUUUAUUGAAGGGCUAAGGACAAUUGUCAUAUGUAACUGAUUUGCAAAUCCGAAUAAUAUUUUUUAGUUAGAGCCUACUUAGAAAAAGCUGUCACGAGCAUAAUCAUAUUAAUUGUGAAUGCACCUAAAAUAGUCUGCAGGAUAGUCUGAGGACAAAAGAACAAUUAAUAUUCUCUUCAUUGGAACAUCGGCGUUUUAUUAACCUUGGGCAAGCUUGAUCGAUUUACAAAUCGCUUUAUUCAGGGUGUGGGUAUAGGAAUAAAUUCGGCAACGUAAUAUUUUCCUUAUGUUCAUUGCUGGACUUCAAUCGAUUGAGGAACAAACAAACAUAAACCGACGAGGAAGUCGAGGCUAAGUCGUCAAGCUAAAGUAAGACCUACGCAGAAGGGGAGAGGAAUGGGUGAGCGUUGAAGUCUUUCAUCAGCUGUAUAGAAAUCAAUUCAAGCUUGACGGUGAUGUAACCAUCUAAACGGCCCUAAUUUAGACCGAUUCGGUGUAAUGUCUGAACCGUAUUGCUCGGUAGAUCUCUGUGCCUUCAUUGCUAUCAUACCGUAGCAUAUACGUGUAGCUAUCUGGAAAUACGAACAAUUGAGGUGUCAGAAAUAGGCAUAUAUUACGCACAAAGUCAGACGUUUCUUGCCUAACUCGUGUGAUUUAAGAUAAACGGGAAGGACCUUUACGGUAAGGUAAUAUGCAUAAGGUCAGCCCGGACUGUGUGUUGUAAUCACCGAGGUGUUGUCCGGAGGCCUUUUCUGACUGCGCCUGUCGCUGUGGAAUCUGCCUACCUGCUCUGCCCUACAGGAUGUGCACUGCUGCCUGGAUUUAAAGCAAUAGCAGGGAGCUGACGGACAUUCACAAGACUCACUGACAGUGUCAUCAGUCGGUUGGACUAAACUGGUUGACGGUGCUUGUGAUUAAAAAUAACCCUUCAUUGCUACGUUUUUGGCGCUUGCACAAUAGACAAUUAUCCCUCAAGGACUAACAUAUUGGACUAGAGCAUUUCAUUAUACAGUCCUCAAGACAUUUGAGCUAUAGUAAAGGGGCUUAGUAUAUGGCUAUAGAGCCAUAGGAUUGUUAUUUUUUUUCAUGUGAGAAGUUUGUCGUUGUCGUGUGUCUAUGUCCGCCACUCCCAACAUGGCCUCCAACAUGGCGACCUCCGACCUGUCCGAGACGUGGAGGAACUGUUUUGAAGAGGAGCUGAUCUGCCCCAUCUGCCUGCACGUCUUCUCUGAGCCCAUCCAGCUGCCCUGCAAGCACAACUUCUGCCGGGGCUGCAUCUCAGAGGCCUGGGCUAAAGACUCUUCCUUGGUCCGCUGCCCCGAGUGCAACCAUGCCUACAGUCAGAAGCCCGCUCUGGAGAAGAACCACAAGCUGUCCAACAUUGUGGACAAGUUUAACGCGUUGUCUGUAGAGAAGGCGGCCUCGCCGGUGCUGCAGUGUAUUCUGUGCCGCCGCGGGCCACCGCUCCCGGCCGUGAAGGUGUGCCUACGAUGUAGCGCCCCCUGUUGUCAGAGCCACGUCCAGACACACCUGCAGCAGCCCUGCUCCGCCCUGGGACACCUGCUGGUGGAGGCUGAGGCGGUCAAGGCCUGGACGUGUCCGCAGCACGACGAGUACAGACUCUACCACUGUGAGGCAGAACAGACUGCCGUGUGUCAGUACUGCUGCUUCACGCGAUGUCAUCCCAGUCACGGACACGGGGUCACCGACGUUGAGCUACGACGCAACGAUAUACGGCAAAAUCUAUUGCGGCAGCAGGAGAGGGUGGAGGAGAGAGUUCAGGACAUCGAUGAGCAGCUCUGUAAACUGGACUCUGACAAGUGUGUGGUGGAGGACAGAGUGUGUGAGCUGAAAGAGGAGGUGCGUGUGCAGUAUCUGCGGAUGCAGCACUUCUUGGAAGAAGACUUGUCCCGUACGCUGGAGGUUCUAGAGCGGGCCCGUUCUAGGUUCUGCCAGGAAAACGCAGGCCAGGUUCUAGCUUUGGGAGAACAGAGACACGAGGCCCAGAAGCUGCUCAGCUCAGUCCACACGGCCUUUGGCAAAUCUGAGGAGCUGGGCUUCAUGAAGAACACCAAGCCUGUCAAGAUCCUCAUGGAGCGGUCUCAAGGGUGUGUGGGCAGUGCACUCCCUCCCUACAAGGUGGGAAGUCUCAACUCUAAGCUGUUCCUGUCAGAACUCUCCAAGAGAGAGAAGAGCCUACGGAAAACAAUGGAAGCCCCCCUAACCCCUCCCUCCUCAUUCCUCCAGUCCGUCCCUGCGUCUCCUAGCGGCCUUGGCUCGGGGGUGGAGAAACGCAAACACUCCUCGGCGUUCCCAGAAGGCAACGGGAGCGCCGGGAAAAACACUGCUUCCGGGUUCAAGGACUCCUCAUCUUCCUCCUCUAAGCAGCCCUACCAGGGCCAAAACUCCGCCCCCGGAGAGGGCCAAUCCUCAAAUCAGCAGCCUCUGGGUCCCUGUGGCCCCUCCCACAUGAACGAAGGUGGCGGAACAGGAAGUGGAAGUGGCUCUCUGACCAAUCACCAUUCAGGGUCUGUGUUUGGUCCCUCCCACUUCCCCCCUGCCAGCAGUAGCUCCUCCCAUUCUUCCCAGCAGGCUGUGCUCCCCCAGUAUGGCGGGCGUAAGAUCCUGGUUUGUACCAUGGAUAACUGCUACUGCUCCGGGGUACCCUCCGUGUCAGGGCACCGCGGCCACCCGCCCUACCCACGUUCAGGCUCCUUUCCCUGGGUAAGCGCCCAGGACUAUCCCCAUCCCCCUGGCCUAGCCUCUGGAGCUCCAGCCAUGCAAGGGCUUGCUGUCAGAGACUGGAUAGACGCACAGCAGACGCACCGACACACAGACUUCUAUGGGCUGUAUGGGCAGCCCUCCACCAAGCACUAUGUCACCAGUUAACACACACAUUUCUACAAGCAAUUAGGUCUCCGGUUAGCACUGCGCUACUAGUUAAAACACACACACACACACACAAUUAGAUGCACUUACAGAGAUACACGCAUUCGGAACAUGUAUACCGCUACACACACAGAAGUACACUUCUACUGGUUAUACGGACAAUCCUCUGCUUAGCACCAUGUUACAACUCAGACGCAUUUACGCACACACCACACUCGGGGGCAGGGUUGAUAUAUUUGUUUUCUAUGUUUUCUUCGUCAGGCAGACAGACAGUGUUACUAUGAUGAUUAUAUGUGUGUUUGUGCAGCAACUGUUGACGCUGAAGCAUUUCGGCUCAACUAAAAUGUUUUAGCGACAUCUCCCUCCCUGUCGUAGUGAGAUCGAUUAGCCUUAUAAUAUUGUUAUUACUGUUCUGAUUAUUUUCUGUCUGUUGGACACGGGGUAUCUGAUGGAUGUGUGAAGAGAAGGGUGGUUUAUUACUGUUAAAGCUCUGGUUUUGUUGCAGCACUUUUGUCUCCUCUCCUUGCUGAGUUCAGGAAUGUACUGUACAGCCUGAACACACACACUCAUGCUUCCAGGUUCUCUUCUGUGUGUGUGUGUGGGACUCCCUCCAUGCACUUUGGGGGUGUUGGGAUUUCGCUCUGUGUAGAAGUUGCCCUGAUCGUAGACACAGGUCUACAAUCAGUUUACCCGCGCCCCCCCCCCCCCAAUCCUAACCUUAAACAUCAUAGGGUCAAAUGACAGAGACUGACCCUAGAUCAGGAUGUAGGGGUAACUGUAAGCCUCCUCUGUUUAUAGACCUUCUCUGUUCCUUUUCUCUAUGCCCAUGUCACUGGAAAGGGGAUCCACACCCCUUCCCUCCUGCUGUCAGGCUUCCCCUCGGAUUAAAUUCUUCCGUCUGAAAGACUAAGAGACUGUCUCCUUUUAUUUUCUAGUUAUUAAUAUAGGAAUCAUGACACGUGAGUUAUUGCCAUAUGAGUAAUAACCCCAUAUGAGCAGGUUUCAUGUUUGUCUUAAAGCUAGUUGGCCUGGUAGACACGACUGAGGCUCUCCGAGCCUCUAUAUGGCCUGGGCUGGACUGGACAGACCAAACAAAUCAGCUCAAGCAUCCAGGGGUGUGACGGUGACGAUGCGUUAAUGAUGUACUUCCUGCAGGGUGAUGUCACGUCCUUUCAACAAGCACACAAGCUCUCUGCUUCAAGUUUGCGGCUGUAAGCAUGCGGGGAAGAGUUUCAUAAAGCACUCUGGAAUAUAAAAAUAAAAAAAGAUCAGUAACCAUUUUAAAAAGGAUGAGUGAAAGUACUGGUUGAGGGUUUUUUCAUGAACUUUUUCUAAAGAGGAACUGGACUGCCUGACGUAACCAUUGGUCAAAAACGCUGGAAAGGAACCAUUGUUACAAGAACAGUCGACCAAUAUAAAAAAAUAAAAAAAGGAAAACUAUCUUUUUUGUAAAUAUUUUGUGAAAUGAAAAAUUAAGGACAUGUCAUUUGGAGGAGCGUUCCAAAUAAAUCAAAUAAUUUAA